AUGACAUGUAUCCAGUGUGGCAACACCCCUACCGUGCUGGGGGAGUACUGCCUAGAAUGUGUCCGAUCUGUUAAAGUCAAGCAACAACCUGCUUUCCAGCCCACCAUUUCGCCAACCCCUACCAGCGAUGCAGUCACCGAAGCUAUGAGAAUCAAGAGGGAAGAGGCCAUCAACCUGGCCCGAGGUUUAUAUGGUAUACCAACCCCAUCUGCUGGAUCCCUUUCUAUCCCCAGCUCUAUGAAGCCACCACCACCACCACCGGUUCACAGUAAUCUGGUGCUGCCACAGAACCCCGAUUUUCCCUAUGCCUCUGCCAGAGCACAAAGGAAUUCAGCCUGCAAGCCAUAUUCAACCACCCGUCCAAGGCUAGUGAUCAAGCAAUCUGCCUCUGGCAAAGGAGCCAUCCCACUCGAGAAUCCUCCCUACCGGGUCUCUGUCCAAUGUGGAUUCGAGGUGAGACACAAGAACAAAUGGGUCUCCAACCAGGCGCCAAUGCGUGUGGCUACCUGGAUUUUCCCUGGCGACCCCAACGCACAUCAAGCCUUACUUCUCGAGCUCACAAAAAGACACGAGGGGAAAAUGCAGCUCCAGAUCAAAAACUACGAUGGUCGGCUAUUUUUUUCUGAGAAGCACUUCCCAUUCUGCCGCCUUGGUACACAAAAAGGAUCAGUCAUCGACCAGGAGGGAUUCAUUCAAUUCCUCAAGGAAAACAAGGCAAUAGAUCUACUCGUGGACUACGAUGAGUUUGAAGACCACGAAGAAGAUGAAGAAGAGGCAUGUGGCAUGGAGACCCAGUCUAGGCAAUAUGCCCUACGAUCAGCCACCUCUGCUUCCUUCAACAGCCGGGCAAACACACCUUCAGUUGGGUCCACCUUGGCAAUAUCAAACGAUCGAGAAGACUCAACUUUCUCACUUCCAACCAUUACCAACAAACCUCCGGUCAUAACCCGAGAGAACUCGCCUGAUAUUGUGGUUGCUACGUCUGCACAUCAAAUUGGUCUUGGCUCAAUAAAAACGCCAGUGGAUCAAGCGGUGGCACCUGUGGUUAUCUACAAAAAGUCACCCCCAUGGUUGGCACCAGCAAUUCUUGACCUGAAGGAUCUUUCUUGGGACCGGUUUGGAACUCCGGAGCACUCGAGCACCUUUCGUGGCCAUGAUGAUACUGGCUGGGCCAAUGGACUUCGUAGUCAACUUGAUCCCGAUGGUCUAUACAUCACCUUGAGGAUCUGCUCAUACCCUGAAUACACGUUGGUUCGGAAAAAUCUCCGCCAAGCAAAUGAAUCGUAUGAGACGGAGCCCAACUACGCCAUGAGGACUUAUGCGGUUUCUUGGCAGUUCAUGGCCCUUUUCUGCAAAGUGAUUGGGUCAUCCAAGGCCUCCUCAGAUGAAAGACAAUUGGCCUCGACCCUACGAAUAAUUGACGGGUUCCCAGUUCACGACGAUGUCGAAUGUGGAAAAACCAACGAAUGUUUUGAUUACUUCCAGGAGAAUGACAUGAUUGAUGGACCUGGUUCAGGGGAUGGUAAUGGUAAUAAUACGUCCAACAUCAAGGAACCUUUGGAUAAUGAAAAACCUCGCCGGGUAUUCUUCUUCCAGGAAAAAAUCAAGGGAUAUCGCACUCUCUUGCCGCCUAUGGCCAAUGACUAUGGGAUCUCGAAUGCCUCCAGCCCGAUUGACAAGAUCUUGCAUGCCUUUCAACACUGGGUAUAUGUAUCGACCAAGGGCCAGAUGAUCAUAACCAAUCUCAAAGGAAAUCCUCCAUUGAUCACCAAGCCAAAGGUCAUCGAUGUCAAUCCCAGGUCUUAUUGGUAUCAAUGCCAAGAUACAAAAGCAAUGAUGGCCCAUUUCCUCAAGAAGCACACAUGCACAAACUUAUGCCAAGUGUUGGGCCUUCCACCAUUGGUAGAAAUUGUGUGGACCCCAACAGCCAAGUCCUUAAGGCCGCAUCAAGAAUACGACCUCAAUAACAUCAAUCACAAUUCAGCCCGGCCCCAAAUGACUAGUGAUCAGUUGGAGCUCCUUGCAGUAGUCAGACAGGGUCAGAAAGCCCUUGUGUCCAAAUUAUUCUAG